AUGGAUGCUAAGAGAACCCGCAGAGUUUCAGGCUCCAAGAGCAAGUUCGAAGACGAAAAUUCGGAUCCCAAAGAAACCAAGUCAGCUAGGAAACAGGCCAAGUUAUCCGAUCUGCUUCCAAAGAGCAGCGCGGUUAAAGUCGUCGUGCCUUUAUCGAGGGAUUCUCCGAAAAAGAAUUGCGUCGAUUAUUCGGGUCUGAACAAUCAGAAGAAGACGAUAGAUGCUGGUGGAGAAUCCGGUCGAACUUUUCACGGAAUGCUUAAAUGGGUUGAAAACUCCCGCCCGCCAAUCAUCAUCCUCGAAAACGUUUGCAACGCGCCCUGGCCGAAGGUAAAAGAGAAAUUCGAAUCAAUUGGCUAUGAUGCCGAGUUCUCCAGAUUCGACACGAAACAUUAUUAUAUCCCGCAUACCCGAACUCGUGUAUAUUUGAUGGCAACCCCCAAAAAGCUACGCAUUCCCAAGCAGCCUAAUAUCCCUGGUGCCUGGCUCACACUGGUUUCCCAAAUGGCUCGCCCGGCCUCUGCCCCUCUUGAAGCCUUCAUGUUUCAUCAAGACGACCCCUUGGUUCACCGUGCUCGGCAAGAACUGGCGUUCAUCAAAGCUAACAAAGAUGGCCAAGGUCGCCAGGCCACCGAUUGGACUCGUUGCGAAAGUCGACACGCUCGUCAAAGAGCUGAGGAACAGCUUGGUGAUAAAAGACCGCUGACAGCUUGGCAGGACGGUCCAGUAUGCAAGGUCAUCGAUGGGGGUUGGAACGACUGGGCAAACGCUCAAACAGAACGAGUAGUGGAUCUCAUGGAUAUCAACACGCUCAGACAGGUUAAAGACGGCGUCGAUGUUUUGUAUAAGACCUUAAUCUGGAAUCUAAGUCAGAACGUCGACAGAAUGACCGGUAGUGGGAAAUUCGGCUUGACUCCAUGUCUGACUCCCAACAUGAUCGCCUACGUCACCAACCGUGGUGGUCCACUAAUCGGCCGAGAAGCCUUAUCAUUGCAAGGUAUCCCACUCUCGGGACUCUUAUUGACCAAAGAGUCCGAGGAUCAACUAGCCGAUCUAGCCGGCAAUGCGAUGAGUACCACCGUCGUUGCUUCCGCAAUGAUGGCAGCAUUGAUUUUGACAAUCCCACGCACCGCCAAAACCAUUAAAUCAGACGAUGUAGAGAUGGAAGAAGUAACUCGAAUUAACCCAGAGGAUUGCAUUACAGGGAAUGAGGAUCUCAGUUCCUACCCCCUAGACCUUUCGAAGACCUGUCCCAUCAAGCCCGGUUUUUUCAGCCGAGCAAUGGCCAGUGCUCGCCUUUGUAUCUGUGAAGGUCGGUCCGGAACCGCAUCGGCAAAGAUCCAGUGCUGUCAAACUUGUGGUUACACUUCUUGUCAAACAUGCGGCGGUCGUCCAUCUCACAACUAUCAAAUCCGUGACUCGGAACGUCUCAAUCCUGGUACUUUUGAACGCGAACUGAAGGAAAUUCUACCCAUGAGGUUGUCUGUAGCUGGCCUCAAUCAAGAUUUGUUUUCUCAGUUCGUCGUCGAAGCCUCUCGUCUUCAAGUCGAGGUUAAUAUGAAGGACUGGGCACUUAUUACCGAGGCCGUCAUAGCAGCGACAUCCGAUGUCGAAUUCCAUUUCACCUCCCUCAAACGACAAGCUAUAUGGGUGGCCACUUUCGAUGCACCUCUGGCUGUAUUAGAAUUGCGAUUGGAUCCCUUGCUGCCCGAAUGGAGACUAACGAUCAAGCCGGACAAGACAUUACCAAUCAAAAGUCCCCGCCGGCUUGUACUCAACACCCCUGUUGCCCGGAUGCGGAUUUCACGAGACGUAGCCGACUUGAUUUCCGGCAAAUGGCAAUUCCGAUUGCCCAUCAAUCAGUCGUUUGAUCUUGAGCUCAAAGGAGCCGGCGACCUAGUUCCAGGUUGGCGGAAGGACAUGGGUCUGGUUACUGAAGAUGCCCAGGCGGACGAAUGGUGGUCACAUUUAUUGAUCUCCAUACCAGACGUCGCUCGCAAAUAUCUCGAUCGUUCAUUGGACGGUAAAUGGAAGUUACAUUCAGAAUGUGGAACAGCCCAAAGCAUGCUUCAUCGAAAGGAGCCAACUGAUGAUGAUGAGGGAUUACCACCGCUUUAUCUUUUCCUGGAUCCCACUCGCAGCGGCGAUCCUGUUGAUGAUUGCGCGGUAUUUUCAAUAGAUCAUUCUAAGCUCGACUAUGGGGUGGUCCGACCGAUUGUGGCCACUCUGGAUCCGAGCUGGCGGCCAAAUUCCGACAAGUCUACUACGGUCAAAUGUAAUGUUUCGAGCAAGUGGAUCGAAGCUCCGAAGCUGAGUCUAAGUGCUGCUCUGCAUACAAAUGUCCAAGCUGAAGCCAACGUCACGGAUGGCGUAUACCACAUUCCCCCUAACGGCGUUUCUGUCAAGCUCGACAAUAAUGGAUGUGAAAAAGCCAACAUUGUAAUGGCCUGUAAAGUUCCAUUGCCCAUCAACCAGUACGAUGCAGUGUGGGGCGAUGGCCCAUGGAAAGAAAUCGAUGUGCCGCAUGAGGGUGAGAAGGCAUUCCAAGCAUUAGCCUGGAUCAUCGAGCGUAUUCCGCCUCCUGAAUCCUUGUCCAAGUGGAGUUCGAUCAGUGACUCCAAGCAGUGUGCGACAAACUGCCAGAGAUGCGCUCCUUCACCACCUACUGUGCAGUGGCUCUUGAAGCAAAACAAGGUCAAGAGUACUUUUGUGCCACAUGAAGAUACAGUGGAAGCGGGUCGUUAUGAGCAGGCAUUAAAAACUCGACCGGCUCCUUUUGUUACUCACCUGCGACUGAUCAACGGUUGCGGAGAGAUGAAAAUCGGUGUCAGCUUCGCCACUCUUGUUCAUCGAGCCGUUGCUCGAUUUCCCGUCUCAGCUCUCAGUGGGACUGUGAAUCCCUCUUGGAGGCUCACAUUCGGGCAUGAAUCCAGUGCCGCCUCGCUCCUUCGCCCGAAAUUCAACUUUUACCUUCGUAGUAACAAGAAGGAUCCUGCGGCUAAGCAACCCGAACAAUUUGUCAUACCUCUUCGACCUGAGCAACUGCGAUCAUUGUCAUGGAUGUUAUCGCAAGAGAAACUGGACGACGGAGUCGAGCAUACGUUUGUUGAAGAAGAAAUUGCCGAAGCUGCUUUGUUGCCCCUCGGCUGGCGCGCUGAGGGUAAAGCAGAGCGACCCGUAUUAAUCAGAGGAGGUGUUCUUGCAGAUGAAGUUGGUUACGGCAAGACAGCAAUUACUAUUGGCUUGAUAUGUAGUACGCUGAGCGAUAAGCUCCCAAAGAUCCCUCAGGCACAGACGCAAGGUCAUAUCAGAUUGAAUGCCACGCUGGUUGUCGUCCCAGCUCAUCUUUCCGGCCAGUGGCCGACCGAGUUUUCGAAGUUUACUGGGAAAAGUACCACCAAGGUUCACCGAAUCAUCAACAUGACAGACUUGAAUUCAACAAGUAUCAGUGAUUUACAAGAAGCUGAUGUGGUAGUCGUAUCCGAAACUCUUUUUGGUAGCCAAAUCUAUUGGAACAAUCUUUCUCAUCUUGGCGGGACGAGGGAAAUUAUCAAUGAGCCUACUGGUGGAAGAUUUUUUCAGUCUUGUCUUAGUGAGACGUUGGAAAACUUGAAGAAACAUGUUGAGAUUCUGACCGAUGAAGACGGAGGUGCCGAAUCGAUGCAAGAGGCUAUUGCGGAGACCAAAGCAAAAUUGGAGCAAGCUGAAACCGCUCGCUUGCUACAGACUAAACGAUUGAAAGGAGCGGCAUACGCUAAGAAGUACGCAUCAGAAGGUGCCAAGGAAGGAAACAGUGAUGAAUCAGAAGAUUCCGAUACUCCACCGCCUAAGAAGAAAAAGCUAAGCAAUGGGAAGGCAAAAGCUGAGAAAAUGCAUGGCGGUGAUGUAUGGAAAUUGAAUAGCGAUGCCCAAGAUGACUGGACCCAGAUGCACUGCCCGCCUCUCCACAUGUUUUACUGGCGUCGUAGAGUUAUUGAUGAAUAUACCUAUCUGGGAGGUCGAGAACGGCUAGCUGUUGGAACCAUCAAGUCGCAUAGCACCUGGGUUUUAUCCGGUACACCUCCCGUCGCCAACUUUACUGAGAUCAAAUCGAUCGCUCGAUUGCUUCACAUUCAUUUGGGAAUAGAUGAUGAUGGCGAAGGCCCCAAGGAGAUUGUCAAGUCUAUCACGAAACAUCAAACCGCAGCCGAGCAGUUCCAUUCAUUCCGAGAAAUCAGAUCUGCUGCCUGGCAUAACCGGCGAGAUGAAGUCGCUCAAAGCUUUUUAGACCGAUUUGUCAGACAGAAUGUCGCUGAGAUUGACGAAAUACCGUAUGAAGAAACUUUGGAGCCUAUCAUCUUGCCUUCAGCUGAACGGGCAAUCUACUUGGAACUCGAUCAUCACUUGCAAUCUUUCGAUAUGAAUAUUAAAAAAGUUUCAAGGACGAAAAAAACAAACAGCGGUAUUGCUGAUCGAGAAAAGAGACUUGCAGCAGCGUUAGGAGAAAGCAAAUCCGCCGAGGAGGCGUUGUUGAAGCGUUGUUCACAUUUCACUUCAGACUUGGACUCUCAAUCUGCAGCCCAUCGAGCAGCCAAUGCUGGGGCGGCUUGCACCAUCAUUCUCAAGGAGCGAACUUCACAACUGGAAGAGUGUUUGGCGGAGCUUCGAGUACGACUAAAACAGGCAGCAAUCCUUUACAGCUACACCAAGUCAGAGGGCUUAUACGAAAGAGAUGAGCGCACUCCUCCAUUUGAAGAGUACAUCAAGAACUCGUUUGGGAACAUCGGCGACGAAGAAGCCAACGAGCGCUUGCAAGCUAUCUUGACUGAAGAAGGAUGCCGUUUGAAAGAUAACAAGGUGGUGGCGCCCAAGAUUUCGCUAAACGAUCCGGACGUUGAAGAAGUUCUAGUUCACCUCGACCCGAAGCUUGCAGCUGAUAAGGCGAAGGCCAGGAAGAAGGCGGGCGAGGAUGUAGAUGUGAAAGACAUCAAGAAGCAAAGUAAAGACGAGAUGCUUGCUGCGCGGAAGUGGGCUGCACGGGAACUGAUCCAUCUGUUGCGGAAGCUGAACCGAGAACUGGUCAAUCGUCUACGAUCUAAGCGUUACUUCACCAUCGUACGUGAUGUUCAGCAGGGACACGUUCCAAUCACCAUCGACCACGAAGGCCAAACAGAACCUUUGGCUAUCCUCUCAACCUGUGGACAUUCUGGCCCACUGAGUCUCGUCAACAAAUGCGCGCGCGAUCAGGAAUGCUGGCAAAAGAAUACUCGUGGUUGUGGUGCGCCGGCACGUGACACCAGUGUAAUCAGGGCCGACUCGUUGGGCCAUGAUGAGGCAUCCGGUCAAUUUGGCAUCAAAUUGGAACGAAUGUGUCACUUAAUCAAGCAGCUCAAGGAGGAUGAUCGAGUCCUGGUCUUUGUACAGUUUAGUGAUUUGCUAGACAAGGUGUAUGACGCCCUCGAAGCUCGCAAGAUCGGUGUUGCGCGUGUCAAGGGAACAGCGUUGAACCAAAUGAAAGUGAUGAGCAACUUUCAGAAUGAAGUGGACCCUCACAUCCGAGUGCUUCUGCUACAUGCUACCGACUCGAGUGCAAGCGGUGCCAAUCUGACAAAUGCCAACUACGCCUUCUUCGUCUCGCCGUUAUUUUUACCCACGGCCGAUAAAUUCAAAGCGUGCGAGACCCAAGCGAUUGGGCGGCUAAGACGAUACGGACAAAUGAAAAAGGUUCAUGUGAUCAGGAUGUUGACGGUUGAUACAAUUGAUACUCAAAUAUACGGCUUCAGACAUGGGAAGUCCAGAGAAGUGCUGGCCGAGGAGAUUGAGUUGGCCAAGAAAAAUCAGGCCCCCUUUGUUGUCCCGGAAAAUUAA